AUGAGCAACAACAACAACUUGACAGCACUACCGCCUCGUUCACACCGAAAGAGUAAUGGUAGUAACACUAGUGCACCCACCAUAUCAUCCUCAUCUAUCCUAACAGCAAGCCCAAGAAGUAGCAUUGCUUCCAGUAUAAGUCGAUAUACGGGCGGAUUAACAACCACAUCCACAUUUUCAUCCAUUGACGAGCAUCAAAGUCAUACCUCAACAUCAAAUUCAUCGGCUAUCGAUUUUUUGAGUAAUUCCAUGGAAGAUUUUGGCGUUGUCGAUACCCUUAACUUUGAAGACGUCGAUGAUGGACUUAUUGACCACGAGAACAUGCAUCGGAGCAGAGAAGUUCUAAUCGAUAGUCUGUUCAAAUCUGAAGAAGCUUACACAGAAUCACUUGAAUUGGUGAUGCGCAUAUUUUUGCAGCCAUUGCGGAAAGAUGCCACUCAUACAUCAUUCAAUUUUCUUGGUAUGAAGAAGAUGGUGUGCACAGAGCGAGAAUUCAGAUGGCUAUUUGGCAACUUUGAGGAACUGGUACACAUGCAUCGAUUGACCUUGAAGAGCCUUCAAGAAAGAUUGCGCAUUUGGGGUCCCACACAAAUCCUAUCCGAUGUCUUCCAAGCUUGGUUUCCAAAUUUAGAAUGUUAUCGUACCUAUCUCAACAACUACGCUGUGGCAUUGACGACAUAUGAGAGAUUAGCGAGAUACCAGCCAUUCAAGAAAUUCAUUGAUACGGCGCAUAAGGAAAAAUCACUAAAAGGCUCUAGUUUGCUUUCAUUAAUACAAUUGCCUGUUGGCUGUAUCGAUCGUUAUGUCAACAUAAUCACAAAGUUGGCAGAAUUAACUCAUUCCAUGCAUCCAGACUACGUUGGCUUGCAUAAAUCUAAACUGUGGAUUCAGCAAUUUCGAAAGAGUGUGCAAGAAAAACUUUUGGAUGCUGAUAAUGUAGAUCAAGUUUUAAUGAUACAUCAAGCAUUGACGGGUGCUCCAUUCAGUGUGAGAGCCGAAAGAAGACUUGUCAUGCAAGGUCAGCUAUCGCGCGUUGUGCUGAAUACAAGAUCAAUGGGUGAAGAGAGGCACUACAUGCUGUUCAGUGAUUUGCUAGUUUUCGUAAAACCCAAAGUUGAAGGAAAAGUAACACGACUCCAGUACAAGGGCCAUUUGGUUUUGGAAAGAGCUCGGGUCCGUUCCUUGACAAAAGAUGAAGCCGGUGGCAUUGCACAUUGCAUCGAGAUUGUAUCCAGUUUCUCUGGCGUUGAUAAUCUGAAUACAACGUUCAUUGCUGCUCCUACCGUUCAUAUACUCUACGUGGGGUCUGAUGCAGAAAGGGACGAAUGGGUUGCAAAGUUAGAGAAAGUGAUUGCCAAUCUAGAUAAAAUAGCAGCAGCCAAGCAUGCACAAGCAACGCGCCGAAUGAUGCAAAGCAGAGCUCCCCGAGGCAGCCUCACCUCACCUGCUAGCUCAACUAUAUCCUCUAACGAUGAAAGCUCUUCCAUCACAAGAGAGUCCACUUCCUAUACCAGUUAG